UUUGCAUGUGGGGCACAGCUUCCUGGGAGCCGCCGGCGCAAGUACGCAUCGAUCGAAGCCUCCGCUGCCGUCCCAUCGCUGGGCUAUCGCCUAACGUACGCGCAACCACAUCACAGGCUUGAACAUGGGCAGGACCUGCUCCUCGGCCUUGCUGGGUGCCUUCCAGAGCCUGCGUAUAUCUCUGGCGGCCACUCGUCUACGAGCGUCUCUAGCGCUUCCAGCCCGCUCCGUUCCGAUACUCCCCGCCCCGACUGCCGGCGCCCGGCCCUUCUCCUCGACGGCGGCAAAUCAAUCAUGGCUCGAGCCGCGCCUUGACCGCAAAAAGAAGAUGAUGAAAGGCCGUCCCAGAGUUCCCACAGGAGGAUCGGUCAAGGGAACGACGGUCAUGUGGGGAGAUUACGGCCUGCGCAUGAAAGACCACGACAGGAGAAUAAGCGCCCAGCAGCUGAAGCGCGCCGAGGACGCAAUCAAGAACCGCAUGCGUGGACAGAAGUACCGGCUAUACAAGAGGCUCUGCUGCAACAUAGGCGUCUUCACGAGCGGAAACGAACACCGUAUGGGUAAAGGAAAAGGCUCGUUUGAUCAUUGGGCAGCGAGGGUCGCAGUCAGCCAGGUUAUCUUUGAAAUCAGGGGCCUUGUCCACGAGCAGGUUAUCAAGGACGCCUUCAGGUUGGCCGGGAACAAGCUACCAGGCCAGUACGAGUUUGUGACCAAGAACGAUGUUGCAGUCGUGGGCAUCACGAAGCUGGACGGGGUGACUCUCGAGGACCUGAAGAAUCCACGGAAGGUUUUGCCUAUCCCGGAAGUCCCACCUCAGUCUCCAACAGUUACGGCCAGUGCUCCCUCAUGAACAUCUGCCAGUACUCACAGCUUGUUCUCCGUUGUAUAGGUAGCAUGUACAGUAACAGACGGUGGGAGGCAUAUGCUCGAGGCCACAGCGAGCAGAAAUCAUCGGCUGUCAGCCUAGCAUGCGCGGUGCGGCCCUCAGACGUUAAUUGUGUCAAAAACAAAACGGAUCGAUGUUGCAAUUGGUUUUUGCAACUGCAGUGUAAUGAGUCUCAACCUUCUUUGCGGGGAAAGAGGGUCGUUCGAAAGACUGUGUGCACGGACCAUCGCGUUUAAUGGCCCAGCCGCGCUUCUGUGCAAAUGUCGCGUCUCCUAGCCUGCACGGAACCAGCAUCAUCGUCACAGUAAUUUCCAUCCCUCAAGCUUUAGGCGUGGGCAGUCGAACCUGUCGCUUUCGUGCAAGCAGAAAAACACCAGAUUACCUCCGAAUCCAUUCUG